AUGGAUUAUGCUCAGCAGGAAAGUGAAUUCCAAGCUGGUAUACCACCACGUCUUGUAUCUGUAUUUUAUUCGGUGUUCGAUCCGGAUAAAGGACCUCAAGUAGUUUUUGAUGUACCAGAAGGCUACAUUAAAGUACCAGAAGGCUCCAUUAAAGUACCAGAAGGCUCCAUUAAAGUACCAGAAGGCUCCAUGAAAGUACCAGAAAUCUCCAUUAAAAUACCAGAAGGCCCCAUUAAACUUACAAAGUCGUCAAUGCCCAUAAUUGACUUUCCUUCAAUUUCCCAAUACAUCGUUCCAACACAACAAUUAUGCGGCCAUUUGGUAAAUAUUUGCACGAAUUCUUAUCAAGUCAUGGGAUAUCCAGUUGGAAUAUGGGGAAACCGUUACCCUAGGAAUAGUUUCAUGUUUAAUUUGAGUUUUGUCUUUGAUCGCGGUGCUGACACUUCAAGCUAUGAACCUGUUGUAAGAAAAGUUGCUAGGGUAUUAACUUCACUAGAGAACGAAAGCGCGUUUUUGUCUAGUGAAUCUACGAAGUCUUUUAUAUAUAACAUAAUCGAACAGCUUUUCGAAGAUCUUAACAGUUAUUGCGAAUGUCAAAUACCCAUUAAUUCAGCAAAUACGAUAAAUUUGAAGUUAUUUCCAACAUAUCGAAAUCCGCCACCAGUGUACGAUUAUCAAGUUCCAAUUUGUACUGUUAACCUUAAAGCUUUAAUAGAUGGUAAUUGGGAUAUCACGAUGGAAAAGGUGGCUAAAACCAUAAAUGGCAUUCAUCAUGUUAAAAAGAUUGCUGAAUUGGCCGAUGUUGAUUAUGGAUUGGCUCGAAAAUGUAUGGAACACCUUUUAUACUAUGGAUGCGUUAUUAUGGUUGAUAUUUUUCAGUUUUCAAAUGUGUAUGCCGUGAAGCCUGAUAUUACUAGAAUAAUAGAAGAUGAAGCACUUCAGAGUGAAUGUUUGUCUUAUGUGAGAAAGCGAGACAAGAUACCACCAUCAUUUGCCAAGCUGUUUUCACUUUAUUGUCAACUGAAGCAUGGGUUAACCCUUAAAGAAUGGAUUCAAGAAAAUAAAGAAGUUACAUCGUUAAAUAUUGACAUUCGACGAUUCAUAUCUUUUGGCAUAAUUAAAGGAUUUUUAUAUCGCGUUCAUAAAUAUCCUAUUCUUCCUGAACCUAGUAGACAACAAACUUCACUACCAAAACAACUGUUCAGAUUACUCGAUGGUAAGCACCAUUAUGAUGAGAUAUGUACACUUAAAGGAUAUAGCGUCCGAGAAUUGGAUGAAAUACUGAAAAGUGAGCCCGAGAAACUUGGAACUUUAUUUAAUAAUGUUUUAGGGUUUACCUUGUGA